UUGAGAACAAGCCACGCCCACUCACUCCUACCUGAAGCAGGAAGUGAACGGACCGCGACGGAGCGUGUUUGCUUUGUUUGAGGGUAAACGCUGAAUAACAGACUGAAAUAGGAGUAAGAGGAACAUAUUUCAACAUACACCAAGUUACAGGGAUUGUUUGUUGCUUAAAUGUCGGUCGAGGAUUUGUUGUUUUGGUCGCUGUCCGAGCAGCAGGUUUGUCUCGUCUAAAUGUGAGCUGAAGCUGUAACUCCUUUUGACAUGUUACCACUUCAGAAGCACCACCUGUCACACCUGCUUCUCUCAGUCCUGCUGCUCGGUGGCUGGACAGCAGACGGAGCUCAGAAUGGGUCAGAGGCGGAGGCGGCGUCCUCCAUGCGGCUGACCAGCGUCCCCUCCAGCGGGGACCUCGUGGUGAAGGAAGGAUCCAGCAUGCUGAUUGAGUGUAACGUGACCGGAGGCCACAAUGACAUCAAGUGGUACAACUCUAAAGGACGUGUGCUGGGUGAGGACACAGGUGGGAAGUGGCAGAUUCAGGAGAAUGGCGCCCUGAACAUCACUGUGGUCUCCUUCGAGGACCGCGGCCGAUACACCUGCGUCUCCUCCAAUGGCGCCGGCGGGACCAAAAACUACACCGUCACUCUGCGUGUAGCCCACACCGACAGCGGCCUGGGCCUUUACUACGUCAUCAUCUGCCUGGUGGCCUUCACCAUCACCAUGAUCCUCAACGUGGCGCGGCUCUGCAUGGUCAGCAGCCAUCUCAAGAAGACGGAGAGAGCCAUCAACGAGUUCUUCCGCACCGAGGGCACAGAGAAGCUGCAGAGGGCGUUUGAGGUCGCCAAGCGCAUUCCCAUCAUCACGUCGGCCAAGACGCUGGAGCUCGCCAAGGUCACGCAGUACAAGACCAUGGAGUUUGCCCGUCACAUGGAGGAGCUGGCACGGAGCGUUCCUCUGCCGCCGCUCAUCCUAAACUGCCGCGUGUUCGGGGAGGAUGUUGUGGAGACGGUGAACCCGGGGCCUCACACGGGGCCUCACCCUACAGAGCAGGUCGGGGCGUCGGCGUCUGGGAACAGACAAGCUAUAGGCCCGCCCUCCUCCGACAGAAAUGGAGAGGAAGAGGAGGUGUGUCAGGCGCUGCUGUCAAGCGAAAGACAAGGGAACAAUGGAGGCGCGGACAUCAAAGUGUCAGUCCACACGGUUUCUGAGAAGGUCGAGGAAAAGGACACGGAGAUGUCCUAUGAGAGCAACAUAUAACCUCAGUCUGAAUCCCAUCAGGAGAAACACAUUUUGUCAAGUGUAAGGUGUCUAACUGCAAGCGCUUAGAAAAUCAGCAGAAAAUUGUGGGGUUGGUUAUCAUUUAGAUUUUUGCGAUUCUAGUUCUGCUUAUCGAUUCUCAUUUUUAGCGAAUCCUGACUCCAUAUCUUGUCCUACUGUUUGAGUAAGAAAGGAAACCACAACACAUUCAAAGCAAAAACCAGCUUUGUUUCAAGGCGAUAAACAGUCCGUAUUGGCAGAGUGCGAUAUAAUUCUUUUUGGUUAAAAGGUAAAGUCAAGAAAAAUAUACAUAUUCUCUCUUGCCAUGUCCAAGUUGGAUUCUGGCUGUUUUCCACUUGUUUUUCCUUGGGAUGGACGUCCUGGCGUCAGCUGAUCUUUGACAUCAUGACUACAUCUACAUCAAAAUACUGCGUUCUAUACCUGCUGAGUCAUGUUCUUCCUCUUUCCUGCAUAAAACUGUUCAUGCAGUGAUUACGUCUUUUGUCAAGCUUACUGAAGUCUCACUUGUAAGCGAUUGCUCCCAUCUGCCAUAUCGUUAACACUAUACACAUGCACUGACAUAUGCCUAUCUCGUAACGUUGAAGGAAGGUCAACUUUUGCUUUCAGGAAUCAAAAGUUUCUGAACAAAUCCUCAAUUCUUAUAAAAUUGUAACUGGUACCAAAUCAAACCGGCAUCUCAAUAAACAGCCGUAGAAAAUUGUACAUGGCUCAGUGAUUCUUGUAUUCAGUGCAACCCCUUAACAUUUUUAAGAUUAUUUUUGGGGCAUUUUGCCUUUAUAGGGUGCAGUGGAGAGUUAGACAGGAAACCUGAGGGCAGAGAGAGAGAGACGCAACAAAAUGUCCUAGCUGAAUUUGAAUCGGAACGUUGCAGUUAUGCGAUAUUUGUCUUAGACCAGCAGGCCUCUGUGAUGCCACCCAGCUCACUUGUGAUUCUCUGUGAUUUCAAAUAAGGAUUAAUGAUGCCUGUAAGUUUGACCAGAGCCAAACUGCAUCGACUCAGCUCAGAAUUGUGUAUUUCCUCUUGUCUUAAAUAGCUUUUAGUUUUAGUUUUCAUGUUUGUGUAGUGCGUUGCCCUCAACUCUUUACUCUUUGGGUUUUUCUGCACACAGCUAGCGUAGCAGCAGAUAUAAGAGCUCUUUUUCCUCCUUCAGAAGACUCCAUUUGCUGCCGUUCACUUUGACAGUCGGCUUUCAAAGAACAAAAUGUGAUGAAAUAUCCACAUUUCAUUGUUUUCAUGUCAUUGCUUCCUAUCAAUCACCUGACACUCAGAGGAAGUUUAAGACUUUGAAAUAAUGCCUCAGAAACAUGUCGCUUCACAGACUUGAUUGCCAUCUCCAUGUCUCUCUAUUCGGGUCUUUGAUUGUCAGGACAUCAGUUGAUUACAGGCUGGGUUUUACUUCAGAGUGACUGUUUUAAUAAAAGAAGUAAACAUGUUAAAAAAACCAUAAUUAAAAUGUUUGAGGGGAUUUUCAAAAACGUUGCAGAGUAAACACCAAGCUUCCAGCUACUUUUACCUUUCAGAGACAGCAGAGGAACUGAAAUAUAAAUGUGAUUAUUUUUAUAUUAGAGCUCCAAAACAUUUCUGCUGUGAUGGAAAAUGUCAUAAAUAUGCAGAUAUAAUCUAUCAGAUUUUGGUGUGUGCAUGCCUGGAAAAGUCAGGGACUUUUUUUUUUUUAAUGAAGGUGAUGCAGCAGUUUUUCUCUGUGUUUAUAGUGACAUUUGUAAGUUACAUUUGUAAAGACACGCUUCACUAUUCUAAUUAUUAAGCGUGUCUUUACAAAUGUAACUUACAAAUGUCACUAUAAACACAGGAAGGUAAAUAGUGACCCGUUGGGAGCAAGUUUGUGUGUUUUGUGUAGAGGUUUAAAUGUAUAAAUAUGAAUACUCAGACUGUCCAUAUCCUGGGUUUGGUGUCGAAUAAUAUAAGCAUGUCCAUCCCUCACAAGGCUUAAAAAGUCACAUUUGACCAUGUUUUAAAUGCUUGAUAGUUUCUAUAGAAUCGUUUUGGAGCGUGUUUCAAGCUCUUGAAGUAAAAGACAAAAAGAAAGUCCUUCUCAAAAUCACACGGAAACUCUGUUGUAUCUGUUGCUAUGAGGAAGUUUUAGAACCUAAGAACAAGGUCAGAGGCCAAAAGAAAAGAGAAACCGGGACAGCAGCUUCUUUACUGUGUCUCAGAGGGAUAUGUAAGAAAAUUGUAUCAUGUAAGGUGUGCAAUUUGUGAAUCAGUUGUAGAACUUGAUAACUAUGGUCGAACAAAAAGUUUUUUGAUUAAUUGUGAUACUAUUUUGUACUUUGAAUUUUGCUAUUAUGCUGCUGCUGCGUGAAAUGGUUUCAUAGGUGUUUAAAGAGAUCCUAAAGAGGUCAUUCUCAGGUUGAAAGGGAAUGUUUUUUCAGACCACAAGAGAAAAAAAAAUCCUAUAAUUGACAGUAAUUAAAUAUAUACAAUCAAAAAUG